UCAAUGCGAGAUGCUGGAUGCUGGGUGCUGGGUGCUAGAUGCUCGUGGCAACGAGCAGACCGGAGGACACAGCAUCGAGUGCUUCACGAGGGAGCCUCAGCGGAUCACACAGCGGCAGAAUGAACUCGUCCACCGUGUCAGCGAGUGUGAGAGUGAUAGUCCAGACAGUGGCAAGGAUGAGGUCCUGUCCAGCUUUGCUCUCGUGUAACCCAGCUGCACGAGAGCCAAUGCAGUCAAUCAGUUCAACCGACGGUGGAAGUACUUCUAAGAUGUCGCCAUGGCCAUGGCCGUCACGGCUCACGAAGCCUCUCGCUGCUCGGGGGUCUCCUCCCGUCUGCUCGGAGAAGAGGGAGGGCCAUCGGGAUGCCCUCUUCCUCUCCUGCUCCUCCUCCUCCUCCUCCCCUUCCUCCUCCCCCUCCCUCCUCCUCAUCAGCGGCGUGCCUCUCCAACACCUGAUCGCUCUCCAGGGCGAAGGGGUGUGCGCGGUGAUCGGGCUUCUCCGUCCAACGCACUUUGUGUAUUGACCUGCCUCCCCGGGCCCGGCAUCCAGUCAGCGCAAUGGCAAUCCUUUGGAUCCCAAACAUCCAGCCUGCGCAGGCCAUGUCUCGUGCCUGGCAACCCCGCAUCUCCUCCAACGGAAGCAUGCCCUCAAAGGGCCAACGGGAAGGGCUUUUGCUCACCAGUGCCACCCACCACCACUGCAAAACACAACAGGCACAUAUUUAAUUCUAUUCUGACCGCGCGCCUUUUUAUUCCCUCAUCAACAACACCAGAGCCCAUCUCGUCGACGACUUCGUCCAUGCCCCCACGGCCGCACUAAACAAGGCUGCAGCAUCCCCUGAGACCUUCUCGGUUCAUAAACCCCAGUCCACGUCCAAGUCCACGUCAGACCAAUCACCCACGCGACAGAGCGCUCGGUAGGAAAGGACCGGCGAGUGCCAGUGCGACAACCGCAAGUGAGUU